AUGAAAAAAUUAAAAAGAGUAUAUACACAAAAUAUAGAUAAUCUCGAAGAGUUAAUGGGAUUACACGUAGAUUGGCAAUUUGAAAAAGUUAAAAAUAAUAAAGCUCAAGUAGUUCAACUGCAUGGAACUUUAGAAAA